UCACACAAACCGAAUAGACGAAGCUCAACCACGUGUGGUUUCCCUGCAGACUGCGUGUAGUGACCGGCCGACAGAGAUCCGUCUGAAAAUCACCUCACAAGUAUCGAUUAUUGACUCUGAUCAGACUGUUCGAUCAGAAAUGACCAAAGUGAAGAAGGAGAAGGUGUCGGCGGACGGAGAGGAGGCCGCCGCCGCCGCUGCUGCCGCCGGCGGGAACGAGAAGUCUUACCAGGAGCUGAUCGCUAACGUGAACCCGAUCGCUCAGCCGCUGGCCUCCAAAAAACUCAGCAAGAAACUUUACAAAUGCGUCAAGAAAGCUGCCAAAGUGAAGAACAUCCGACGUGGAGUGAAAGAAGUUCAGAAGUUCAUCAACAAAGGAGAGAAAGGUAUCGUGGUGUUGGCCGGCGACACACUGCCCAUCGACGUCUACUGCCACCUGCCGAUCAUGUGUGAGGACAGAAACCUGCCAUAUGCCUACAUCCCGUCUAAAGUGGAUCUGGGUUCGUCUGCAGGAUCCAAGAGGCCGACCUGCGUGAUCCUGAUCAAACCUCAUGAGGAUUAUCAGGACGCCUACGACGAGUGCAUGGAGGAGGUGUCCCACCUGCCCAAACCGCUCUGAGACACGCCAGCCAAUCAGGGAGCAGCUCUGAGGUCACUGCCACAGUUUAAAGGAGCAGUCCGGCGUUUUAGAAAAUCCUCUUGUUCCUCAUCAGAAACUCUGACUUGUUUCUAAUGAAUUAAAAAAACAGAUAUGUUGCAGGGAGGCUAACCGUUUGCCUCCGCUUCCAGUCUUUGUGCUAAGCUAGGCUAGGCUAGGUCGUGGAGGAGCGAGAACAAGAGGGUUUAAAAUAAACUUGUUUUUGUUUUCGUGUGUAAAUAAGCAGAGUGGCUGUUGAGGACGAUGAAUGAAUGAAUGAAUGUCAAAGACAGAAAAUAACAAUAACGUGUCGUCGCAUUUUCUGUUUUGAAACGUGAGAAAAACUUUUCUACAACUGUACUUUGAUUAAUUUGACUUUUUUUUCUCCUUUAGCAGUAAAUCUGCUGUUGUGUUUUGUUGUUUCUGCUGUUUAACGUGUUUAGUUUUAAUUAAAUAUAAAGGCGACUGUAUCAGCCGAGGUUUCCUAUAAAUAUUUGUCCAAAGUUUAAAGAAAUUACUUUGAACUUUGACUCAAGUUUUUUCUUUUUUUAAUUAAAGAAACAUGAAAAGAAA